UUCCUCUCUUCACAACUCCACAACCUUCUCUUUCUGUUAUGGCCUCAAAAGCCUUAACCACUGGUUCUCACUCCCGAAAUGGACACCGUUUCUCAGUGUUUGAUGACUCGGAUGAGGAAAAUGGAGACUUCAAUCAGCAGCAACAGAAACACAAUAACCAUGCUUUCUCUUUGGAUGGAAGUGUAUCUAGUAAGGAUUUUGAAGAACAGAAACCAUUCAGCUAUAAUGCGGAUAAAGAGAAAGGAAAGCGAGAAAAAAGAAGUCUUAUGAGCAAUGACAUAGGAGAAGAUGAUUACCUUUUGGAGGAGUCAAGGCAACCGUUAUGGCGCAAAGUCCCAAUAGCUUCGAGCCUAAUCAAUCCAUAUCGUAUAGUCAUAGUCAUGCGUCUUGUUGUCCUAGUUUUCUUCUUCCACUUCCGCAUCACAACUCCGGUUCACGAUGCAUUCGCCUUAUGGAUAAUCUCCGUGGUCUGCGAAAUAUGGCUCUCUUUGUCUUGGAUAGUAGACCAGUUCCCCAAAUGGUUCCCCAUGACUCGCGAAACUUACUUGGAGCGCUUGUCACUGAGAUUCGAGCGCGAAGGGGAGCCGAACCUUUUAGCCUCAGUUGAUGUCUUUGUUACCACUGCAGACCCUUUGAAGGAACCGCCUAUUAUAACAGCAAACACAGUUCUAUCAAUCUUGUCUGUUGAUUAUCCUGUUGACAAAGUUAGCUGCUAUGUCUCCGAUGACAGUGCAUCUAUGCUUCUCUUCGAUACUUUGUCACAAACUUCUCAGUUUGCAAGAAUAUGGAUUCCAUUUUGUAAGAAGUAUAACAUUGAGCCAAGGGCACCCGAGUCUUAUUUUUCUCAUAAAGUUGAUUACUUGAAAGACAAGGUACAUCCAUCAUUUGUAAAGGAUCGCAGGGCUAUGAAGAGAGAGUAUGAAGAAUUCAAGGUGAAAAUUAAUGUACUUGUUGCAAAGUCUCAGAAAAAACCAGAAGAAGGGUGGGUGGUGCAAGAUGGUACUCCAUGGCCUGGGAACAACACUGACGAUCAUCCAGGAAUGAUUCAGGUGUGUCUGGGAAGUGCUGGUGCUCUUGACAAUGAAGGCAAGGAGCUGCCACGGCUUGUGUAUGUUUCGCGCGAGAAAUGUUCUGGCUAUCAACACCAUAACAAAGCUGGAGCCAUGAAUUCUCUGCUUCGAGUUUCUGCUGUGCUUAGCAAUGCACCUUUUGUGUUGAAUCUGGAUUGCGAUCAAUACAUCAAUAAUAGCAAGGCUCUUAGGGAGGCUAUGUGCUUCCUAAUGGACCCUCUACUUGGAAAGAAGACUGCUUAUGUUCAAUUUCCGCGAAGGUUUGAUGGAAUCGACGGCAACGACCGAUACGCUAAUCACAACACUGUAUUCUUUGAUAUCAAUAUGAAAUGCCUUGAUGGAAUUCAAGGUCCCGUGUAUGUUGGUACUGGAUGUGUGUUCAACAGGCAGGCAUUAUAUGGCUACAAGCCACCAUCUGAGAAAAGGCGAAAGACAAGCUUUUCAUGCUGCUGCUGUUGUUCUGGUGAAGAGAUUGAUGAUGGGCUUGAAGACUAUGAUGAGCAAGAGGAAUCAACCUUUAUGUCCGUCAAAGUUUUUGAGAAAAAGUUCGGAGAGUCACCGGUUUUCAUUGCUUCUGCAUUGAUGGAAGAUGGUGGACUUCCAAAAGGAGCUAAUACUCGAAUACUGAUGAAGGAAGCAAUUCAUGUUAUAAGUGUUGGAUAUGAAGAGAAAACCGAAUGGGGCAAAGAGAUAGGGUGGCUUUAUGGUUCAGUCACAGAAGACAUUUUGACAGGGUUUAACAUGCAUUGUAGAGGAUGGAAAUCAGUGUACUGCAUGCCUAUAAGAGCAGCUUUUAAAGGAUCUGCUCCUAUAAACCUAUCAGACAGAUUACACCAAGUUCUGAAAUGGGCUUUGGGUUCUACUCAGAUUUUCUUUAGUGGCUAUUGUCCAUUGUGGUAUGGCUAUAGUGGAAAACUGAAAUGGCUUCAAAGGCUCGCUUACACGAAUGCUAUCGUUUAUCCUUUCUCUUCCAUCCCUCUUCUGGUGUACUGCACAAUUCCAGCUAUCUGUCUUCUAACUGGAAAGUUCAUCCUCCCCACUAUGACAAACCUUGCAAGCAUUUGGUUGAUGGCUCUAUUUAUCUCCAUCAUUUUAACUUGUGUGUUAGAGCUUCGUUGGAGUAAGGUUAACAUUCAAGACUGGUGGCGCAACGAACAAUUCUGGGUCAUUGGAGGUGUUUCUGCACAUCUAUUUGCAGUGUUUCAAGGCCUCCUUAAAGUUGCAGGACUUGGCACUAAUUUCACCGUGAGAACGAAAUCAGCAGACGACACUGCAUUUGGUCAGCUCCAUCUCUUCAAGUGGACUAGUCUUCUCAUCCCUCCAACAAGUAUUGUAAUCUUGAAUGUGGUGGGAAUUGUGGCUGGAAUCUCUGAAGCCAUUAACAGUGGCUAUAAUUCAUGGGGACUUUUAUUUGGGAAGGUUUUUUUCUCUUUUUGGGUCAUUGUUCACUUGUAUCCUUUCCUCAAAGGUCUACAAGGAAGGCAAAACAGAACACCUAUCAUAGUAGUUCUCUGGGCAACACUUCUAGCAUUGAUUUUUUCGAUGAUUUGGGUGAGAAUUGAUGUUUUCUUGCCCAACAAAAUAGGUCCUGUACUCACACAAUGCGGGGUAGAAUGCUAAGGUUGUAGAGAAGUGAAGUCGGCGUUCUUCCAAUUUUAUCUGAUCUUUGUUGUUUCACUGGAGUAUUAACCUUUAUUAUGAGAAAGUGAACAGUCAAGAUUUAUGAUGCAAGAUUCAUAAGUUAAUUGAAAAAUAUUGUUUUGUGACAUAUGAUAUGAUUUCUUGUUAUCACUGAAGCAUGAUAUGAUUUAUGGUGGAAGAUUCACCAGUUAAUUAAAAAUUUAAAACAAAAGAUUGCUUUGUAACAUAUAUGUAUGUGAUUUAUUGUUAAUAUUGCAGCAUAAAAUAAUCACAUCUCCGAAUUCAUC